AUGGACAUUUUAAAUGGAUUUGAAGAUGUGAGGCUCAUAUUAAAAUUUGUUAUGAAAAUGAUGAAAUCCAUGUGGGGUCUUAAAAUAACUGGUAUAACAACUGGUGUUGGCGAUGAUGGUUGUGAAACUGGUGACAUAGUUGGUUAUAUGGAUGGUCGGGAUGGAGUUGAUGGAAAUGGCAGGAAUGGUAGUUAUGAUGGCGUUGGUCGUGAUGAUUACACAAACGACAAAAAUAACGGUGAUGAUGGUUGUGAUAUCGGUAGCAUGAUUGGUGGUAAUGAUGGUUGGGAUGGAGGUGAUGGUGGCAGAAAUAGCGAGAAUAUUGGUGAUGAUGGUGUUAAUGAUAUCGGAAAUGGCGGCAAUGAUGGUAUUUGUGAUGAUGGAUGUAAUAUCGGUACCAUAUUUUAUUGUGGUGAUGGACGAAAUGGAGGUGGUGGUGGCAGAAACAGGAGGAAUAUUGGUGGUAUGUUUAGUUGUAAUAAUAGUCGGAAUGGAGGUAAUGGUGGCCGAAAUGACAGGGAUGGUGGACAUGGUGGCGGAAAUUGCGGGGAUGGUGGUGAUGGUGGCAGUGGUAAUGGUAGUGAUGGUGAUGUUGGUAUUGGUAAUAAUAUUGGUGGCAUGUUAGGUUGCAAUGAUGGUCAGGAUAGAGGUGAUGAUGGUAGUUACAGCCAUGAUAGGGGUGAUGAAAAUUAUGGUAAAAACAUUGGCGAUAGCAAUGGUGAUGAGCGUGGUUGUGGUAUCAAUGAUGACGUAUCAAGGAUGAUAGUUAAUAAACUCAGUGGUAAUAUCAAAUGUUUUUGUAAUGAUAAUAAUAAUGGUAGAAAUAGUAGUAGUGAUUAUGGCGUUAACGAUGAUGGUAGUAGUGAUGGAAAUGAAAAUGGUAAUAACGGAGGCGCUAAUGACGAAAUUGAUUAUGGUAAUGAUUGUAAAGAUUAUGCAAAUAGUAUGAAAAGAAUUAAGACGCAGAUGUUGUUGGGACUGUUAAAUAUAAGAUCUAUUCUAUCAAAAAGUGAUGUAGUACGUGAAAUAUUACUCGAAGGCUUGGAUUUUCUGGUGCUUGUUGAAACAUGGCACGGUUACUCAGAUAAUAUUUCUAUAAAAUUGACCAUGCCAUCUGGUUAUCAUUUUUUGGAUUUUCUGAGACCAUACGAUCCGUAUCAUGAUGGCUUAAUCAUAUUUUUUCGAUCAAAUUUCAAAUACAAGAAAAUUGACCUUCCAUGUUUUUCCACUUUCGAGGUUUUGGCUAUCAAAUUUUUUAUUAAUGGUAUAGAUUGGGUGUUAGUAUCUCUAUAUAGACCAGGUUCACAGCAGGUAAAGACGAUAUUUUUCCAGGAAUUGGUUUUCAUGAUGGAGCAUGUUUUAAUUUUGACUUCGCGUAUUUUGUUAGCUGGUGAUUUUAAUAUACACGUUGAAAGAACUGAUGAUGCUCACACCAUUAGUUUGCUAGAGGUAUUUGAUAUGUUCCAAAUGGUAAAUAAUGUUAAUGGGUCGACGCAUGAUUUGGGGGAAACUCUUGAUUUAAUUGUAAGCUCACUAGGAUUUCCAGUUCAGACCGGCUCACAGUACUGA